AGCUAGUACCGUGGCUAUAGCUUAGCCGGUUAGCCUGGUGCCAAUCUAUAUUUACCAUAUGGAUGAUGAGAGAUUUUGAGCACGAUCAACAACAUGCAGAAAACUGAAGAAUUGACAGCUCAACAGAUUGAGAACCUGCCCAUUGACAUCAGCUCCAACAAACUCCUAGAUUGGCUGAUUGAUCGACGACAUGUCAACUUGAAAUGGCAAACCGCAGCGCUAACGAUCAGAGAGAAGAUCAACCUAGCAAUUCAAGAUAUGCCUGAAGUGGAUGAAAUCAAACAGCUUUUAGCUGGAACAUAUAUCAACUAUUUCCACUGCCUAAGGAUUGUUGAACUUCUCAAGGUGUCUGAAUCUGGUUCCAAGAACAUCUUUGGUUAUUAUUCAUCACAGAGAAUGAAGGACUGGCAAGAAGUGGUACGGCUUUAUGAGAAGGAAAAUGUGUACCUAGCAGAGGUUGCUCAGAUGUUGAUACGCAAUGUUAACUAUGAGAUCCCAUCUCUGAAGAAACAAGUGGCCAAGUUGAAGCAGAUUCAAGCAGAAUGUCAGAGAAAAGAGAAGGAUUACCAGGACAAUGCAACUGCAGCAAAAUCAGAGUACAAUGCAGAAUGUAGGAAACUAGGAAUUAAGGGUGAGAAAAUCAAGAGUGAACUUCUUGCGAAGGUCAAGUCCUUGCCAGAGAUGCUUGCUGUUAUCACAGAGAAGAGCCAAGGCUUGUCUGCUGUCGUUGAGUUCUACCAUGCAUUUGUGCAGUUUACCAUCGGAGGGUGUAGUGAUAACACCAGACAAUCAGAGAUUGAGGUGGUUCCCAUACUACGGUUCUUCCUUCAGCAUGGCAAUGCCACAGUUUAUCAGUGGAGGACAGGGAAGGUGCCUGUAUCUGUUGAGACGGUAACAUUAUCGUUCCUCGAGGAUGAGGAGGAGCAAAAGGAAGAUGAGAUUGAUUGGGGUGAUAUUGAUGCAGAAGCUGAGGGUAUAGACUUUGGUAUCACGCUAGAAGAUGGAGGAGCAGAAACCAUUGACUUCGACAUCCAGGUAACAGAUAGCACUUCUGGUGGAGAUGUGAGUGAUGCUGAAAAAGGGAGUACAGCAAAGGAUGAUGGGAUUGCUAGAGGGCCUGAUUCCUUCACCAUAUUGGACCACCCACCAACAAGAAAUAACAUCACAAAUGAACUACUAGAGCUUGAAGCAUUCUUAAUUCAGAGGCUCAAUGAAAUGAAAGGUGAAAUUGACAUCCUCUCGGCUAACCAGUUUCAAAGUGCGCCCUCAAUCCUCCAGAUGAAGACAUGUGACGAUGUGUCGGCCAUGUUGGACAAGGUCCGAGAAAUCUUGAAUCUCUUGAUGGACUCAACCACGCAGCAUUUGAUGCUUAUUAAGAGCUCGCCAAAGUAUGUGGAUAGACUGACAGAAUCUCUGAAACAGAAAUGUGGACAGGAAGAGAAGAUGUUGGCAUCGAAGGAAGCAGUUCAUGUGAAGUGUCUGGAAGCAAUUGAUGAAGAGAGACAACUCAUGCCCAAGAUUGAUAAGCUGGUAGCUAAUACAAGGGCUCUUCAAAGACAGAUUGAGCAAGAUAUUUCCUCUCGGUACAAGAAUCGACCUGUGAACUUAAUGGGCUCCAUCAACAGCAUAUGAGAUACUCUUUCGCAUUUUUGUUUUUCAUUUUGUUCCUUCGGUCAUUGUGAGCCUGUGAUUUCUUAUUGGAUGUGUUUUAGAAUGCACAUGAGUUUAUGUUAAAUGAACAUUCCACCAAGUGAAGUCCUAAGAGAUCUGGGAGCUCAGGUUCCAUUAAGCAUUCUUGGUAUCAAGUUACUACUCAGCGCAAAUUUAAUACUUUGCAGUUGUCAUUAUUCUUGAGGAAGUUAUUACAUGAAUGUCAUUUGGACCAUGCUACUAAAACCGUGUAUCAUGCUUUUUGAAUAGGAACAAUUAAUUUGUACAAGGUCCAACUUUAUUUUCUCUGAAUAUCAGGCCUUUUUGCAUGAUCUGAAGCCACACAGUAUGAAUGGGUUUAUCACCACGACAAAGAUAUUGGAGGUUCAAACCCCAUUUCUGUCAAUUUUUCUAUGAAAACAAACCAAGUCAGAUUGUUGUGGAUAACAGAUUUUGGGGUGUUCUUCCAACUUAUGUAGAGUAUUUAAAGCAAAUAUUUGAAUAUGUAUGUGAACUUGGUGUUUUGUAAAUUUUAUUUAAGUCAACUAAGGCCCCCCCCCAAAAAAUUCUCCAGUUUCUGGUCAGCAUGUGCGUCAAUGUAGACAUGCGUGUUGGCUACAUAAAAAAGUUUUUUAUUUGGUUUAAAACGAUGUCCAAAAGUUGCCAAACUUGCUUUAAUCAACAGGACUCCCGCUACUGUGCAAUUUAACAUGAUUUUGAUGUGGUACGGUUGAGUAACAGUAAAGGAGUCCUUCUAGUUACCCAAACAUUUAAAUGGGCGCUCAUUUUCAGACGUCAUUUCUGUAUUAUACAUUUACAUGUACAUCUGGGAGCCAGACGAAUGAGGUGGUCUUUAUCUCUUGUACAUGUACAAGCUGAAAAUACUUUUAAACAGUAAAAAGUGCUGGGGCUGUUUUAUUUCAGUGUAGGUAGUGGCCAGCAUUACAUGCGCGUGCAGCUGCGAUGGACAUUGCAGAUUAUAUGUACAUUAUUUCUAGAAAAAAAAGUGAGGGUAAAAAAAAAAGCUGUGUCGCCAAACCACUUUUGGAGUCAGUUCCCGACCAGAAACUGGAGACUUUUCUUGGCCUAAAGCAACUUGCAUCCUGAAAACAUAAAAUUGGGUCACACUCCUUGGAAGCUUGUAUUAUUUGUUUGGUUUUAUGUUGUGCUCAAAUUCCAUAUUGGUUUUCUGCACGUCUAUCAAAUGACAAAUAAGCGAGCCUUAGUACCAUUUCAACUCCUGUUGGAAAAUAAAUCUAGCUAUUUUGAUAAGAA